CUGACACUUCUUGGAAACUCUUGGAAAUGGCUCCAGCCACAGCACCGGAGGGGGCUGCGAACCUGGGGCGGGAGCUCGCCCCCGCGAGGCUGCUGAGCCGCGCGCGGAUGCACGGCCCCCUAGGCGCUGUCCCUGCGCUCCGCGGCUGUCUGGGACUGAAAAAGUUUCUCCAUGGUUCCUUUGUGUCGCCCGUGCGUCCGAUCGCCGGCCCUGAACUGCCCCAGUCUUCCCGGCAGGAAGAGGUGGCAGAGCAGCUAGUGGGCAGCUGGCGCCCCCUUUGCCCAAGCCAACGCCCCGGGGAUUAGCCCCUUGCUCCACCCCUUCGACAUGAUCGCUACCGGCGGCCUACUGAGGAUUUCCGCUAGAAAGCAGGAUCCCCUCCGCCCUCCGAACCAGGUUCCCAAGCGCAAGCGGAAAGCCAAGAAGAGGCGCAAGAACGACGUGGUGGUGGUGAAGGGAAAGCUGAAGCUGUGCUCCAUAUCUGGACUCAUCGCCCUCUGUGGGAUCCUGGUGCUGCUGGUUGGCAUAGCCAUGGCGGUGAUGGGCUACUGGCCCAAGGCCGAAGGGGCUAGUAAGGAGACGGGUAAGCAGCUGCCGCCCACUAGCAGCGGCCACCGAGUCCCAACCACGGGUAAUAGCACCAGCAGUGGCAGCAAAAACCGGUCCAAGAGCCUUCUGGUUACUGUGGGGGGUGUAAACUCCAGUUCCGUGGGCGCGCCCAGGAGCACGCCUCCAGCACGUUCCACCACCCCUUCGCCGUCCUCUGCGUCUGUGGGUUUCUUCUUCCGAAUCUUCUCCAGCUACUUGCAUUCUGACAAGCUAAAGGUCUUCGGCCCCCUCAUUAUGGGUAUUGGCAUCUUCCUCUUCAUCUGCGCCAACGCGGUGCUCCACGAGAACCGCGACAAGAAGACCAAGAUCAUCAACCUGCGGGACCUCUACUCCACGGUCAUCGACGUGCACAGCCUCCGUGCCAAAGACCUGGCCGCCGCUGCGGCGGCCGCCGCCAAGGCCUCCUCGUCCUCGGUGCCUGCCUCGGCGCCCCCCGGGGCCACACCACUCAACGGCUUCCUCAGCUACGUGCAGUCGAGGGGCGUGGAGCUGAAGCCUGGGAGCUGCGGCGGCCCUGGGGAUGCCUUCGAGGCUGCAGCGAUGUUGGCCAAGGGUUCAUGGCCCCACCCCACAGCUCUGGGCGGGGGCAGCGGCAUGGCCAGGGGUGCCGUGUCCCCGCCAGACUUGGCCUCAUCUCCCCGGUGUUCGCAGGAGCCCCCGAGCCUGGCGGAGGCCGUGUACAGCAUCUACCGCGAACGCUCGUGCGUGGCUGGCCGUCGCCGGGCUGCGGCCACCGCUGCCGUGGCCGCGGCCGCCAGCAGCAGCAGCAGCCCGGCGCCCUGCAGCCCACCUGAGAGUUGGGGGCGCCAGAGCACCGCCAGCUCCCUCGUGGACUCCUCGUUGAGCGCCUUCACACUGUUACCAAUGCAAGGGGACCGCGACAGGGACGGGGACACAAAGGGCGCAAGCUGCAGCUGGCAGAGACUCCCUGGGGAACGCGGCUCCCAGAAGAUCCCGAGGGAUGAGCUCGACCUAAGUUUGACCGACCUCCGAGGUAACCGGGGUAGCGCGAGCUGGGCGCCAGGAGAGCUAGAGGAGCCCGGGGGCGUGGCGGCGACGCACACCGCGGGGGUGCAGGGCUGCCAGCUGCCCAGGACCGGCAAGUACAGGGCUCUGAGGCGCUGUAGCACCAGCGGGCUCCCGGACUACCGGGUGCCAAUGUCCCCGGAGCCCCCGCCCUCCUUGCGCAGUGCAGACCUGGACUCUAACCUUCCGGCCAAAGCUGCUUCCCCUUCGCCCCCGCUGCGACUGGAGGGCUCUCCCCCAGCCAGUCUGGGUUCGCCGAGCUCUCACUCCGAUGACCCAUCCUGCAGCAAAAAGGGCUACACCCCGCUGCGGGAGGCCGGCACCUCCGUGGAGUCAAUUGUGGACGAAGUAGCCAGUAAAAGUCAAGACUGUGAGUCUACCACCGCCACUGGUGCGGAGGAGCAGAGUCGUCCAGAUAGCCCCCUGGAAGAUCCCAGCCGAGGGCCACCCAAGGCCCAGCCACCACAGCCAGUGCAGAGGCAGUUUACAAACAAGGAGAAACUCUUCAUGAUUUCUCGUUCUCAUGCCUUAGGGGUAGAGGACGGAGAGCUGGAAAGCACUGGCAUUUAGGGAAAGAGGGAGCUAGGGCGAAAAGGAGUGAGAAAAUAUGCCCACUUGAAUCAGUGGGUUUAACAGCUCCCUCUUUGCUUGUGGACUUAUCUGAGGAAAUCGUCCAAUACCCAAAGAGCUGCAGAAUGUUAUCCUUGAAUUGUGUUCACAAGAUUCCUGUAGAUAACUCCAAGCAAUUUUUUUAAAGCAAACUAGUCUUUUAUGUCCGAUGGUGAUUGUAUGUUCCAGAAAACCAAAAGUAUUAAAAGGUCAGCAAUCUAGUUCAUUAGACAAAAUGCUCUUAAUUUUCUUAGGGAAAAUUAAUAUAUUUUUGACAGUAACUGUGUACUUUAACUUUUGUUUUGAAUCCCUAAUUUCCCCAGUCCCUCAACUCUGCCUCUGGUUUUGUCCAUAGCUGCUUGUAAAUGACAAGCUUUUUUCUCCUAUGCUUUUGCAGAGCAUAGAAGGGUUUGAUUCAGUUCUCUCAGAACUGACAUUACUAAAUGAAGUCAAAGCCAAAAGCAUGAGUAUGUCUGGAAAGAGCUCUUUCCUUGCCCCCACUCUGCUCAUCCAACUGCCUAAAGGCCUCUUUAUUUUUUAAAGGGAUAUUUACAUUUUGCUACUAGGGUAGCUAAUGGAGAGGGAGGGGCCAGCAUCUGUGUGGACUGUUGCAUUUCUAAAUUCACUAUAUCAAGUACAGGAUACUUUAUUGAGUAUUAUCACACUUGUAUUGAAAGUAGCAUUAAUAUUAAAAAUCUUUUUUAAUAAAAAUGUUU